UCUGCCUCAGCGUCUUUCCACGACAAGGUUUUUUAAGCGUCCACUUCAUCACCGCAAGACCCUCUCGCGCGGUGCAAUAGACUUUAGGAUUUUACUUCCGCUCCAAACUUUCGUUCAGACAGGCAUGGAUUGUAUCCUUCACUCGUUUGGAUAAAUUGCUCGUUGGGCUCCUGCGGAUAUGAGUUAUGCAGACCACUUCACUUCUUUGAGACAAGUUUUGCAGACGUGUGGGUUGUAAAAGCUUCUGGUCACUUUUGAGAGGAGAAGAGUAAAGGAGAGUGAACAGCUUCACACGGCUAUGGUGUCUGGUAAAUAAAGACACUGUAAACAGGACGGAAAAUGCAGAAGAGUGUUCGGUAUAAUGAGGGGCACGCUCUGUAUCUCUCCGUGGUCGCGCGCAAAGAAGGCACCAAGCGAGGUUAUCUCUGUAAAAAGACCACAGAAAAUAGUCGGUGGCACGAAAAGUACUUUGCCCUGUAUCAGAAUGUUUUGUUUUAUUUCGAAAACGAGCAGAGCACACGACCGUCCGGAAUUUACUUACUGGAAGGAUGCACAUGUGAAAGAGUCCCUGCGCCCAAGGUGUCAACCGUGGGCAAGGAAACGUUGGAAAAGCAGCACUACUUCCUCAUUGUCUUCGGUCACGAUGGCCAGAAGCCCCUGGAGCUACGCACUGACGAGGAGGCAGAGUGUGACGAGUGGGUGGAGGCCAUCCAGCAGGCCAGCUACUCUGACAUAAUCAUCGACCGCGAGGUGCUCAUGCAGAAGUACAUCCACCUGGUGCAGAUCGUGGAGACGGAGAAGGUGGCAGCCAAUCAGCUGAGGACGCAGCUGGAGGACCAGGACACAGAGAUCGAGAGGUUAAAAGCUGAGAUAAUUGCGCUGAAUAAAACCAAGGAGAGAAUGCGUCCUUACCAAGUGAACCAGGAGGAGGAGGACCCAGACAUUAAAAAAAUCAAAAAGGUGCAGAGCUUCAUGCGGGGUUGGCUGUGCCGGCGCAAGUGGAAGAUCAUCGUCCAGGACUACAUCUGCUCGCCUCACGCCGAGAGCAUGCGCAAGCGCAACCAGAUCGUCUUCAACAUGGUGGAGGCCGAGACCGAGUACGUGCACCAGCUCUCCAUCCUGGUCAACUGCUUCCUGCGGCCACUGCGCAUGGCCGCCAGCUCCAAGAAGCCGCCUAUCAGCCACGACGACGUCAGCAGCAUCUUCCUCAACAGUGAAACAAUCAUGUUCUUGCAUGAAAUAUUCCACCAAGGCCUGAAGGCGAGGAUCGCAAACUGGCCCACCCUGGUUCUAGCCGAUCUGUUCGAUAUCCUGCUCCCCAUGCUGAACAUCUACCAGGAGUUUGUGAGGAACCACCAGUACAGUCUGCAGGUGCUGGCCAACUGCAAGCAGAACCGGGACUUUGACAAGCUCCUGAAGCAGUACGAGUCCAACGCGGCCUGCGAGGGCCGGAUGCUGGAGACCUUCCUCACGUAUCCCAUGUUCCAGAUCCCUCGCUACAUCAUCACCCUUCACGAACUCCUGGCCCACACCCCUCACGAGCAUGUGGAGCGCAAGAGUCUGGAGUUUGCCAAGUCCAAGCUGGAGGAGCUGUCCAGGGUCAUGCACGAUGAGGUGAGCGACACUGAAAACAUCCGCAAGAACCUGGCCAUCGAGCGCAUGAUUGUGGAGGGCUGCGACAUCCUCCUUGAUACCAGCCAAACCUUUGUGAGACAGGGGUCUUUGAUCCAGCUGCCCUCAGUGGAGCGGGGGAAGCUCAGUAAGGUGCGCCUGGGCUCGCUCUCUCUGAAGAAGGAAGGGGAAAGGCAGUGCUUCCUCUUCACAAAGCACUUCCUGAUCUGCACACGCAGCUCAGGGGGCAAGCUCCACCUGCUCAAACAAGGAGGCGUGCUUUCACUGAUCGACUGCACGCUCAUCGAGGAACCGGACGCCAGCGACGAGGAAUCCAAGAACACGGGCCAGGUGUUUGGCCACCUCGACUUCAAGAUCGUGGUCGAGCCCUCAGAUGCCACUGCCUUCACCGUGGUCCUGCUGGCCCCGUCACGCCAGGAGAAGGCAGCCUGGACCAGCGAUAUCAGCCAGUGCAUUGAUAACAUACGCUGCAAUGGCCUGAUGACCAGUGUGUUUGAGGAGAACUCUAAAGUCACCGUGCCACACAUGAUCAAAUCAGACACGCGUCUCCAUAAAGAUGAUGUUGACAUUUGCUUCAGCAAGACGCUCAACUCCUGCAAGGUCCCCCAGAUCCGCUACGCCAGCGUGGAGCGUCUGCUGGAGAGGCUGACCGACCUGCGCUUCCUCUCCAUCGACUUCCUCAACACCUUCCUGCACACCUACCGCAUCUUCACCACCGCCGCCGUCGUCAUGGACAAGCUGGCCGACAUCUACAAGAAGCCCUUCACCUCCAUCCCCGUCAGGUCGCUGGAGCUGUUCUUUGCCACCAACCAGAACAACCGCAGCGGGGGCGACCACAACAACGACAAGCCCCCCUGCCUGGGCCGCAAGUUGUCGGGCCCGCCGCCGCUCUCCAUCUCCUCCCGCACCUCCUCGCCGGUGCGCAUGCGCAAGCUCUCCCUCAACUCCCCGCUGGGCUCCUGCACCAGAGUGCUGGACCUCUCCUCCUCCACCUCCUCCUCCUCCACCUCCUCCUCCUCGGCGACCCCGACCGCCACCUCUCCGCCGCCUGCCCUCACGUCCCCCGCGGGCGCGACCAAGCCCCCGCCGGAGCUGAGCCGCGCCCCGGCUCCUCCUGCCCCCUCCACCGCCCCUGCCGCGGGCACAGGUACGGCCCCCUCCUCCUCCACCUCCACCUCGCCCUCCCCGGAGCAGAGCCCCGGCGCCACCGAGGAGAGCCCCGAGCUGCCGCGCAUGGAUGCCUUCUGCGGGAAGCUCCGCCGAAGCAUCCGCAGGGCUGUUCUGGAAUCAGUGUCACUGGACAAGUUCAUUCCGGAGAGCCCUCAGGGCAGUGAGUCUGGCGAGAUUUCACCGUGCCGGUCCCCCUCCACACCACGCCACCUGCGCUACAGAGGAUCUGCAGGUCAGGUGACCGAGAACAACCGCUGCUCGGUGUCGCCCGCCUCGGCCUUCGCCAUCGCCACGGCAGCCGCUGGCCACAGCAGCCCACCAGUCUUCAACAAUUCAGAGAGGACGUGCGACAAAGAGUUCAUCAUCAGGAGGGCAGCCACCAACCGCGUUCUGAACGUCCUUCGUCACUGGGUCUCCAAGCACUCGCAGGACUUUGAGAUGAACAGCGAGCUGAAGGGCGGUGUCAUCUGCCUGCUAGAAGAGGUGCUCAAGGACCCUGACCUCCUUCCUCAGGAGAGGAAAGCCACCGCAAACAUACUAAGUGGUCUUUCUCAAGACGACCAGGACGACGCACAGCUGAAGAUCGAGGACAUUCUGCAAAUGGCGGAGUGCCAUCGGACAGAGUGCUUUGAGUCCCUGUCAGCCAUGGAGCUGGCCGAGCAGGUCACUCUGCUGGACCACAUCGUCUUCAGGAGCAUCCCUUAUGAGGAGUUCCUCGGCCAGGGCUGGAUGAAGACAGACAAGAUCGAACGCACCCCCUACAUCAUGAAGACAAGCCAGCAUUUUAACGACAUGAGCAACCUGGUGGCCUCUCAGAUCAUGACACACACGGAUGUGGGCUCCAGGGCCAACUCCAUAGAGAAGUGGGUGGCCGUGGCCGACAUCUGCCGCUGCCUCAACAACUACAACGGCGUGCUGGAGAUCACCUCCGCGCUGAACCGCAGCGCCAUCUACAGGCUCAAGAAGACCUGGGCCAAAGUCAGCAAGCAGGCUAAAGCAUUGAUGGACAAGCUCCAGAAGACAGUUUCCUCAGAGGGUAGAUUCAAGAACCUGAGGGAGACUUUAAAAAACUGUAACCCACCUUGUGUGCCCUACCUGGGAAUGUACCUAACAGACCUGGCCUUUAUUGAGGAAGGAACUCCAAACUUUACUGAGGAGGGACUGGUCAAUUUCUCAAAGAUGAGAAUGAUAUCCCAUAUUAUCCGUGAGAUUCGCCAGUUCCAGCAGACGCCAUAUAGGAUAGAUCACCAACCAAAGGUCACUCAGUACCUUCUGGAUAAAACCCUUAUCAUGGACGAAGACACUUUGUACGACCUGUCCCUCAAGAUCGAACCCCGGCUCCCUGCUUGAGCCCCGGCUACUUGUGCGGAGCUGCUCCUGCUCCUGCCAGCAGGGGCCGGGUGGAGGCCUGCGGGUCUCUCGGAGGAUGGAGAGAAUACUGGAACAAGAUGGAGGGCUGACAGCUGGACUGGGUGGAGAAGUUAGGAAAAGGAGGGAAAGAGAGAGAGAGAGAUAGAGACAGAAGGUUGUCGAGGGGAAGGAUAGUGGUGCGUUCAUUUGUAUGAGGGACGUCUUUUAAGUGCAAACGUUUUCUGAGCAUUCCAGUGUAAAUGGCCUUUAGGAAGGAGAGGAUAUGAGACCCUUGCGAUGAAAGGGCAUCUUAUCAGAAGGAAGGAAAUGCAUUUCAGACAUCAUUACCAUGAUUUUUUGUCUGAUAAGAGAGAAAAGGAACUAGAAACAAAUAAAAGGAAGAAGAAUGAAAUGUAGCAUGUACAGAAAUAACCCCAAACGGUCCUUUCGGUUUGUACGCCAACUCUUGUAUGUCUAUCUGUUGUGCCAUUUCCAGCGGUAGCAGUAGUUCCCAGAUCUCUGCUUUUAAUGGGUUGUCGAAGUUGACCAGUGAAUCUGACUUUGCAUGAGCUAAAUCGUGUGGAUGUAAGUAACUCUUUUCCAUUGAAAUCUAUCACCUUCAGUCCCAGGCAAAGGUUGCAGUAUAGGUGAUGAGACAUCUACACACAUCUGAAUGAGAUUUUUUUUGUUUUUUAAUCAAGUUAAAUUAAUUUCUCCAGGUGAAGCUUAUUAAGUGUGAUUAAUGCAUUAGAUAUUGCUAUAAAUGGUGAAAAACAAACUCUUUUUGAGGUGCCUUGUCUUCAAACCUAAUCAAAUUAUGCCUAUUACUCAUUCAGCACUGCUAACAAGUCUGAAUGAGAAUUUAAAAAGCUGCCAUAGCCACCUUAACGCCACCUUAUGUCUAUUUUGGAAUUAAUCUAAAGUAACCAGCAUCAAAUGUUUCCUUCACAAACAAAUACACAAAGUCCAAUGUCAGUGCUGCAUUACCACAGCUGUGCACCUGUGAGGAUUCUGAAUAGCAGUAGUCAUGGCAAUGCAGUGAAUGUAACAGCAGUGCGGCGUGUGAAGAGUAAGGGGCUAAUGACAUGGCCUUUCCUCUGGUAUUGAUCGCGGGUCAUUCCUAUCUGUUCCUAGGGUGAGCAGACGGGUCACUCUUUGAGAGGCGAUGCCUUUUUCAUGUGUCUCUGAUAAAAAAUAAAAAAAAGAAAGAAAAAAGCCGCAGGGAAACAUUGAUGAAAGUUGCAUGGGGCUCGCCGGAGACUUCAAAUGGCUUUUUCAUCCAAAGGUGCCAUGAAGCCCACAGUCCUCAGUUCAUGCGUGAGCAGGAUCUGUCACUAAAGGGACCCAAGAUCAGCUAGAUUCAAUCCAAACAGCAGCAUGCUAAUCAAGUAAAAGUGUAGCAGGGUUUUUUUUGGUGAAGAGGAGUAUUCUUCGUCUCAGAUUCCCGUUUACCUUCAAGGGGAACGAACCGUUUUAAGUACUGCAUAUCAUUACUCCAAAGUCUCCCUCUAGUGGCUAGAUCAGGCCAGCACACUAAUGAGGAUUGAGCACCAAGAGGUGAACACCGGCACUCUUGUCUUUUCCACUUCAGAGAUGAAUAACAGAAUAAUGCAUACUGACAUUAAUGUGUUAGGUGGUCAUUGAGUCUUCGAGAAUAAUUUAUCAGUCAGUUGCAUGCAACGUUAAAGACAUAUUUGCAUGAAGGUUUUUUUUUGCAAGAACAAUGUUAUGAAUCUCUCUGUUGCUGCUGUGUAUUUAACUUGAUCCCUCUAAAAUCCCUUUAAAAAAAAGAAGAAACAAACAAGCAAACGUUGCCUCUGUCCUGAUGAAUGAACCCCCCCCCCCCCCCCCCUUCCGCACCUCCCCCAUCCCAAAGCAGUGUGUUAUUUGCUGUCAUGUUCAAGGUCUGGGGUGAUGAGGAGGGGUUGGCAUGGGAUAUUGUAAAAUACCACUGUAUGCACCAUGGAGAAUGAGUUAAUCAAAUAUCCACGGCCCAUCUCCUUGUUUAUGGCUGGGUGUCAUGGAGCAGAACCAAGACUGAUCUGUCCAAUGGUAAACUGUGCCAGAGUGUGGUGGCGGCAGGAAGGUCGCACUUUUUCCACAAUGUAGCGUCGCCUGUCUUAUGAGAUGAGUGUGGUGUAUUUAUUUGAUAAAAUAUUUAUUUGACCCUGUUUUGUAUAUAGUGCAUCCAACAUGAGUUUAUGAAAUUGUGUCACUUCUGUUGUUGUUAUAUGAUACUUUAAUUUUGCAAUUCAGUAUAAAUGAGCGUUCAAACUCUGCAAAGUAGUUAAGAGAAAAAAAAUGUAGCAUAUUUUUCAUGGAUCUAUUAUAUCUCCUCUUCAUUUCUUUCUUUUUUUUUUUAUCAGUUUUGUGUGAUGUAUAAUGUGGACACUGCAUUGUUGCUCAUAUACGUAGCAUGGUUGCAUGUCUGAUUUUCCCCUGACGUUUUGGUCCUGUGUGACACCUCUUCUCUUCUUUUGUAUAUUGCUGUGUAAAAGUCGUGUGUCAUGUUUCUCUCUUCUCUGUCUUCUAUGACACAAUGUACAGCUGAAGUUAAGCAGUUCCAUGCUCAUGUAAAUUAAAAUGAAACAAAUCCAAA